AUGUCCCGAUCCGCCGCAGACGCAACGCGGUUCACGGCCACCGGCCCCUACGCCAACUCCAAGACCGGCGGCGCGUUCCAAGCGCCCGAUUUCGGCAAAAAGUCCACCAAGAAGUCAUCACCACAACAGCUUGGUCCGAAUGGCCAGCCGGAGACACCGAAGGAGAAGGUCGAGCGAUUGCGAGCGCAGGCACGGGCUGCUCGGCAGGCACAGGCUGCUGGAAGUGGUGCUGAUCGGUGGAUUGAGACUGGGCGGAGAUUUGCGAAUAAAGCUCACAAGGGAAUGGUUUACUCAUUGAUCGCCGCGUCGGGUGUAUGCGGUGUUCUUACAGUCUACUCGAUGAUCUCGCUCACGCUCUAUAACCGCCGCCAGCGCACACUCUGGAUCGAAAAGGAACUCGAAACUUUGAAGCAGGCUGAGAUUGCCCAUGCCAAUGGCACCGCCACUGUCGAGCAGGAGGAGCUUUUGAAGAAGGAGAAGAUCGGCGAGAUUAUCAAGCAGAAGCGCGCGGAAGAGAAGGCACAGAAGCCCUGGGCCAAGGCAAAGCGGUUCCUCUACGAGAAGCUGAAUAUGGAAGACACCGGCGCCUCUGCUGCGCCGGCUUUGGCUGUGGAGGGCGCUGGGCAGAACCAGGGCAGCGUUAUGGAGGCCGUGCAGGCCCAGAAGGCUAUGGAUGUUGCUUCAGCGAAGACGGGCGCUCCAUUGCCCGGUCAAUUGGAUGUCUUGGCUGAGAACGUGGAACAGGCUGCGAAGUCCACGACAAAGAGCUGGACUAGCUGGGUGACGGGGCGGUAG